AUGGCAACCCACCCCAUCACCAAAAUCUUCAUCAUAGGCGGAACCGGCGCCCAAGGUCUCCCCAUCAUCCACGCCCUAGCACCACACUACCAAAUCCUCGUCCUAACCCGCGACACCACCUCUCCGCGGGCCCAAUCCCUCCUCACCCUCCCCACCAUCUCGCUCCUCCAAGGCUCCCUCGCCAACGAAGCCGUCCUCAAAAAGGGCUUCACCGGCUGCCAAGGCGCCUUCAUCAACAUCGACGGCUUCAACACCGGCGAACAAGCGGAGAUGUACUGGGCGAUUCGGUGCUAUGAAAUCGCUCUCCGAUCCGGUGUUCGGUUUUUUGUGUACGCGAAUUUGGACUAUGUGGGGAAACUUACGGGGUAUGAUGAGAGGUUCCGCGCGGGUCAUUAUGAUGGGAAAGGGAGGGUGGGGGAAUGGAUUUUAUUCCAGAAUCGGACGAAUUCUANACUAUGUGGGGAAACUUACGGGGUAUGAUGAGAGGUUCCGCGCGGGUCAUUAUGAUGGGAAAGGGAGGGUGGGGGAAUGGAUUUUAUUCCAGAAUCGGACGAAUUCUAAGACUAUGGCGAGUGCACUCUUCACGACGGGCCCGUAUAUCGAGAUGUGCAUCAGUUCGCGGACGCUGCUCUCGCCAACUAUCGAAGACGGGGUCGUCACGUGGAGGGCGCCGAUGGGGGAUGGGUAUAUGCCCGCGGUCAGUCUGGAGGACUGUGGAUAUUAUGUUCGAUGGCUUUUUGAGAAUCGGGUGCGGGCUGAUGGCAUGGAUCUCCAGGUCGCGAUUGGGGAUGUUGGGUUCGCGGAGUUGGCGGAGGCGUUUGGAAGGGUAACGGGGAGACAGGCGAGGUAUGUGGAUGUGGAGAUGGAGGUGUUUUGGAACUUGGAGGGGAGGAGGGAGUGGGGAGAGAGAUUGGCGGGGUAUAGUGCUGGGAAGGGGGGAAUGAGUAUGAGGGAGAAUUUUACGGGUUUUGUGGGUUUCUCUUUUUUUGUUUUUUGGUUCUUCUUUUUCCCUCCCCUUCUCUGUAAAUUCGGGAACUGACUACUUUUACUAGUGGAAUAUCUAUAAACACAAAAUCCUCAAAAGAGAUUACAAGCUCUUAGACGAGAUCCAUCCGAAUCGAAUUAAGAGUGUCGAAGAGUGGUUUCGGAGGGAGAAUCAGAAGGGUAUUGAAGCAGGCAAGGGGGAUUUGUGGGAGAGGGUGCAGCCUGAGAAUUUGGUUCCGGUUUUGAAGCUUGUGGAGGAUGAUUGGAAGGGGAGUUUGUGAGAUACCUAGGGUUAUGUUGAAG